CGGAACCACACUCGAAAUAGAGAAGAAGAGAGAGAGAGAGAGCAGUUUAUGUAGCAGUUAUUAAAACCUACCCAUAUCUUCAUCUUCAUCUUCCCAACUAAAUUCAUCAGGUAUUUUUCUUCUUUUUCAUGUCAUAUCCUCCAUUGAUGAUCUAAUCAAAUUAAACCUUUCAUUUUGAAUCUGGAUACCAUUUUCAUCAUCUCUCUUCCUUAAUCAUACCCAUAAAAAAAACUUUCUAAGCAUGUAACUUGUUUUCCUAUAAAGAAAAACCAUCAUCACCACCCAAAACAAAAACAAAAACAAAACAAAACAAAAAAACAAAGAAAUUGACUAAAGUCACUUUGUUUUAACAUUGUAGAUCAUCUGGCUAUCUUUUCAAUUCCUCUUCCUUAAUCAUACCUUGAAAAAAACCCUCCAAAUUAUGUAAUCUAAACUCAGAUUCAUCAUCAUCUUCUUCUUCUUCUCCAAAAAAAAACAAAAAAAGAUCCGUUACAUCUAUCUAUCUUCAUCUUUUCCUGGUUUUCUACUAUAGUAUCUUAUCAGCUGGCUGAGUUAAACCCAUCUGUGUAGAAAAACCUUUAAAAAACCUUCAAAUUAUGUAACUUUUUCCAUCAAAACUUCCCAUUUCUUCAUUGAAACAAAAAACCCAAAAAAACCCAUAAAAAAAGAAAAGAAAAGAAAGAGAUAUGCCAGGAGAUCAUGAGAACAUUCCAACACCGCCGGCGUCGGCGCCGGCGACACCAGGUACUCCGGGAGGACCGUUAUUUACGUCUUUGAGGAUAGAUUCACUGUCGUAUGACCGUGAAAGGAAGUCAAUGCCCAGAUGCAAGUGUUUGCCGAUAACCGCUCCAACUUUCGGUGCUCCGAACACGUGCCUUACCGAUUUCCCCAUUCCCGACGUUUCUCUCACUAGAAAGCUCGGAGCAGAGUUCGUGGGGACAUUUAUCCUGAUAUUCGCAGCCACCGCAGGUCCUAUCGUAAACCAAAAAUACAAUGGAGCUGAAUCGUUGAUCGGGAAUGCAGCAUGUGCUGGAUUAGCGGUUAUGAUCAUCAUCUUAUCGACGGGCCACAUAUCGGGUGCCCAUUUGAAUCCGUCACUCACUAUAGCGUUCGCUGUUUUACGCCAUUUUCCUUGGAUUCAAGUUCCAGCUUAUAUUGCGGCUCAAGUUUCUGCAUCAAUUUGUGCUUCGUUUGCACUCAAAGGUGUUUUCCAUCCAUUCCUUAAUGGUGGAGUAACUGUCCCUUCGGUUGGGAAUGGGCAGGCUUUCGCUCUCGAGUUUCUCAUUACUUUCAAUCUUCUCUUCGUUGUCACCGCGGUUGCUACUGACACUCGAGCUGUUGGAGAGUUGGCUGGAAUCGCAGUUGGCGCAACGGUUAUGCUCAACAUUCUUGUUGCGGGGCCAUCGAGUGGUGGUUCGAUGAAUCCAGUGAGAACAUUAGGGCCGGCAGUAGCAACAGGUAACUACACGUCGCUUUGGAUAUACAUAAUAGCCCCAACACUAGGAGCCAUAGCCGGUGCUGGAAUCUACUCACUCGUAAAACUCCAGCCAGAGGAAACCGAUCCACCUCGACCUAGAAGCUUCCGUCGCUAAAUAUCGAUCAACAUCCUUUAAGUCGAUAAACAAUUCCGAAUAGUAAUAAUAAUAAUUAAGGGUUUGGUUUAUCUUUGAUUAGUAUUUUGCUUCUUAAAUAAAAUAAGUUCCCCACUUCACAAAGACAAAGUAUGUCAUUCAUUCAGAGUUACCUUUGAGGUGGACUUUUGUUUGUUUGCUUUGUUUGUUGUGAUGUUGGAUGAUGUUGUGUUGCUUGUUUGUUUUCAUGUGUGUGGAGGCUUUAUAUCCCUCAACUUUGUACAUUACCUUAAAUAAUUUGUAUAAGACUCGUGUCGAUGUUUUUUCGUA